AUGAGUGAUUUGGAAUCAAUUGCACAACUGCUAGAACAAUCAUUGAACCCUGCCACUUCAAAACAAGCUGAACAAAGCUUAAGAUCUCAAGAAUCUACACAAGGUUUUGCAUUAUCUUUAUUACAUGUUGUUGCUUCAUCAAAUUUAUCAAAUUCAAGUAGAUUAGCUGCUGCUUUGUUUUUCAAAAAUUUCAUCAAGAGAAAAUGGGUUGAUGAAGAAGGUAAUUAUUUAAUUCCUGAUACAGAAUUAAUUAAAUCUGAAAUUAUUCCAUUAAUGAUUUCUUUACCAAAUAAUUUACAAAUUCAAAUUGGUGAAGCUAUUUCAAUCAUUGCAGAUUCAGAUUUCCCUGAAAGAUGGCCAACUUUAAUUGAUGAUUUAGUUAAUAAAUUAUCUCAAGAUGAUAUGAUUACAAAUUAUGGUGUCUUAACAGUGGCACAUUCAAUUUUUAAAAGAUGGAGACCUUUAUUUAGAUCUGAUGCAUUAUUCUUGGAAAUUCAAUUAGUUUUAGAUAAAUUUUCUGUCCCUUUCUUAAAUUUAUUGAAAAAAGUUGAUUUAGAAAUUGAUCAAAAUCAAAAUAACAAAGCUCAAUUAUUAAUUUUAUUUGAUGUCUUGUUAUUAUUAAUUAAAAUUUAUUAUGAUUUAAAUUGUCAAGAUAUCCCUGCAUUUUUUGAAGAUAAUUUAAAUGAUGGUAUGUCAAUCAUUAAUAAAUAUCUCAUUUAUUCAAAUGAUUUAUUAAAACCUCAAGAUGACGAUGAUGAAGAAAUUGAAACAAUUACAAAAGUUAAAACUGCCAUUUCAGAAUUAAUUCAAUUAUACACUACAAGAUAUGAAGAUGAAUUUGAUCAAUUAAUUCCUCAAUUCGUUCAAAGUACAUGGAAUUUAUUAACAACUACUGGAUUACAAUCAAGAUAUGAUAUUCUUGUAAGUAAACUAUUAUCAUUUUUAACUUCAGUGGCAAAAUUACCAAAACAUUAUGAAAUUUUCAAUAAUGAUACAGCUUUAAAAGAAAUUACAGAAAAAAUCAUCAUUCCAAACUUAACUGUAAGAGAAUCUGAUGAAGAAUUAUUUGAAGAUGAUCCAAUUGAAUAUAUUAGAAGAGAUUUAGAAGGUUCAGAUUCAGAUACAAGAAGAAGAAGUUCAAUUGAUUUCUUAAGAGAAUUGAAAUUUAAAAAUGAACAAUUAGUAACAGAAGUUGUUUUAAGUUAUAUUAAUUUAUAUUUAUCUAAAUAUCAAUCCUCUCCAGAAAAUUGGAAAUUUAAAGAUUUAACUUUAUAUUUAUUCACAGCUUUAGCUGCAAAAGGUUCAGUUACCAAUUCAGGUAUUUCUUCAACAAAUUUAUUAUUAGAUGUUGUUCAAUUUUUCACAAAUAAUAUUGUUUCAGAUUUAUUAAAUGAUCAAAUUCAUCCAAUAUUAAAAGUUGAUGCAAUUAAAUAUAUUUUCAUUUUUAGAAAUCAAUUAACCAAGGAACAAUUAUUAGAAUCAUUCCCAAUUUUAACAAAACAUUUACAUUCAAAAGAAUUUGUUGAAUAUACUUAUUCAGCUAUAACAAUUGAAAGAAUUUUAUCUUUAAGAGAUGAUUCAAAUAAAAAACCAAUGUUUAACAAGUCAGAUAUUGAACCAAUUGUUCAAGAUUUAUUAUCAAAUGUUUUCAGAUUAAUUUUACAAAAUAGUUCCACUCCGGAAAAAUUAGCUGAAAAUGAAUUUUUAAUGAAAACUGUAAUGAGGGUUUUAAUCAUUGCAGAAGAUACAAUUUCAAGUUAUAGUGGUGAUAUAUUAGAACAAUUAUUAUCAAUUGUUUCUAUAAUCUCUAAAAAUCCAUCAAAUCCAAAAUUUUCACAUUUUACAUUUGAAUCAAUUAGUGUCUUGAUUAAAAAUAAUUAUUUACAAAAUUAUUCAAAAUUUUUAGAAAUUGUUUUACCAACUUUAUUAAAUAUCUUGGGUAAUGAUGUUCAAGAAUUUGUUCCUUAUACAUUCCAAAUUUUUGCAUUUUUAUUAGAAGUUAAACCAAAUUCAAUCCCAUUACCUGAAACUUAUAAACAAUUAGUUCAACCUUUACUAUCACCAAGUGUUUGGGAAUUUAAAGGUAAUAUCCCAGCUGUUACAAGAUUAUUACAAGCUAUUAUUACAGCUGAUUCCAAUGUUUUCACUGAGUUAACUCCUUUAUUAGGUGUUUUCCAAAAAUUAAUUGCAUCAAAAUUAAAUGAAAAUUAUGGAUUUGAUUUAUUAGAAACAAUUAUCUUAAAAUUUGAUGAUUCUAAAAUCCAAUCAUAUACAAAACAAAUUGCUAUUUUAUUAUUACAAAGAUUACAAAAUUCACGUACUGAAAAAUAUGUUAAAAAAUUAAUUGGUUUAAUUUCCAAAUUAACAAUUAUUAAAAAUAAUGAUUAUGCUAUUAAUUUUAUUGAACAAGUUCAACCUGGUAUAUUUGGAACAAUUUAUGAACAAUUUUUAUUACCAUCAGUUUUAAAUAUUGGUAAUUUAUUAGAUAAAAAAAUUGUUAUAGUUGGGUUAACAAAUUUAAUUAGUUCACCAAUUUUAAUUUCUGGUAAUUAUUCAAAAUUAUUAAUUCCAACAUUCCAAAUUUUAAUUAAAAUCAUUACAAGUGAAUCAAUUUUCAAUAUUAAAGGUGAUCAUGAAGAAACAAUUGAUUUAGAAUUGGAAGAAAUCACAUCAUUCGGUUCAAAUUUUUCAAGAUUAUCAACAAUUAGUUCUAAACCAUUUGAUCCAUUACCACAAAUUAAUAAUAUUGAUGGUGGUAAAAAAUAUUUUAUUGAAAAUUUACAAACAUUAAAUGUUGAAUCUGGUAAUAAUUUCUUGAAUCAAAUUAAAAGUCAAUUAACUCAAGAUGAUUUGAAAUUAUUAAAUUCAUUAGCUUUAUAG